AAAAAAAGAAAAGAAAAGUGUAUUUAUUUUCACUGAGAAGAAGAAACCAACUAACUGUGGAGGUUAAACAGAUAGGGAGAGUUCAUUUUUCUUUUACAGGUCAAGAGGCCAGUUAAUGAUUAGUGCCACCCAAGCGGGUAUUUGGUGUCCAAAACUUUGAGAGGCUGGCUUGUAGGAGUCGGCUUCACCCCAGCUCUGAGACUUGCAGCUCAGCGAUGCCCCCAGGUCUCAGGAAGAUACAGUUCUGCUCAUGGGGACUCCUUUUGUGGCUCAGCAUUGGAAGUGCAGGGGAUGCACCUCCUACCCCACAGACAAAGUGCACUAACUUCCAGAACGCUAAUCUUCUCCGAGGCACCAAUCUCAAAGUCCAGUUUCUCCUCUUCACCCCUUUGGAUCCCAGCUGUGGGCAGCUAGUGCAGGAAAGUAGUGACAUCCAAAACUCUGGGUUCAAUGCCACUCUAGGAACCAAACUACUCAUCCAUGGAUUCAGGGCUUUAGGUACAAAGCCUUCCUGGAUUGAUAAAUUCAUUGGCACUCUUCUUCGGGCAGCAAAUGCUAAUGUGAUUGCUGUGGACUGGGUUUAUGGUUCUACAGGUGUCUACUUCUCAGCCGUGGAAAAUGUGGUUAAGCUGGGACUUGAGAUCUCCCGUUUCCUCAGAAAACUUCUGGUGCUGGGUGUACCGGAGUCUUCAAUCCACAUCAUUGGUGUUAGCCUGGGGGCCCACGUUGGGGGCAUGGUGGGACAUUUCUACAAAGGCCAAUUAGGACGGAUCACAGGCCUGGACCCUGCUGGACCGGAGUACACCAAAGCCAGUCUGGAGGAGCGCCUGGACCCUGGAGAUGCCCGCUUCGUGGAGGCCAUCCACACAGAUGCUGACAGUGAGUAUGGGGGGUGGGUGACCCUCCUAGGGUAG